AUGCUGCAGACCUGUACAAGCAUGUUAACAAUACUGAUGUGUGUUAUAACUUGUUCCCUUGGACUUUAUUGCUGUAAUCCAAAUGAACAAGUUACAGAAAUAGUGGAGCCUGCUCAGAAAGCAACAUCAGCUGUGAUAUUUUUACAUGGAGCAGGAGGUAGUGGUCCCCAAAUUCGAGAAGUUGUGGAAAGCAAUAUAGGCAACUUUUCUCAAUUUCCUACUACAAGAUUGAUAUUUCCAACAGCAAAAGCAGUUCCGCUUCCAGGAUUUCCAUGGAAUGGCCAGAUUUUAAAUAUAUGGUUCAGUUUUACCACACUUGUUGAAAAUUAUAGUUUUAAUUCUGAUGAAAUGGAAAAUUCUGCAAAACAAAUUGAAAGACUUAUAGAGGAACAAGUAGCUGCAGGAAUACCUCACAGGAAUAUUUGCUUGGCUGGCUAUUCUUCUGGUGGGAUGAUGUCUAUAUACUUUGGCUAUGGAUAUGUUAAAAAAUUAGGAUGUAUUGGAGCCAUCUCUUCCUACAUAUCCUCUAGUUCUAACGUAUACAAUGAAAUAUCUAUUCAAGAAAAUAAUACAUGCCCGAGACUUCCUCCCCUUUAUCUGUACGGAGGAGCGUUGGACUUCCUUACUUUUCCAAACUGGAUCACAGGAAUGGCUAAUAGGCUGAAGGACAUGGGGAUACAAGUCACAUAUUUAUUUCAGUGGACUGGAACUCAUUAUAUUAAUAAGGACGGUCUUGUUAAUUUAUUUCAAUUCAUUAAAGAAUCAAUUAUAUGA